AACUGGCUCCAGUAUUAAAAGACCCUCUCCUUCCCCACGAACCUCACAAAAGCCUGCAGCAGAUUAGACCUACUGCAAAUUUCUUGUAAUCCAGAGACUCCAUGACACUCUCUAUCUUGGCUGAUAUGGUUCUGGUGCUGGCAGCCCUCCAGACUGUGUCUACCAUUCAGGUGUUGGCUCCAGACCCCUGCUCGGCCUACAUCAGCCUCAAUGAGCCGUGGCGCAACACCGACUACCAUGUCAACAACUCUGCGGGAGUGCCCCUGUGCGACCGCCACGUGGCGGGUGAGUGGUACCGCUUCACAGGCAUGUCCGGCGACGCCAUGCCCACCUUCUGCAUCGAGGAGAACCACUGUGGCACCCACGCACCCAUCUGGCUCAACGGCAGCCACCCACAGCCCGCUGAUGGGGUGGUCACGCUGACCACGUGCGCCAGCUUCAACAAUGACUGCUGCCACUGGCAGGGCACGGUGGAUGUGAAAGCCUGCACCAAGGGUUACUAUGUGUACCGCCUGCCCCGACCUUCCGUGUGCUUCCAUGUCUACUGUGGCCAUUUCUAUGACAUCUGUGAUGAGGUGGAAUGCAGCGGUCCAGGAUGUCCAGUGGAACCAGAGUGCCACUGCCCUGAUGGGACGGUGCUGGGGCCAGACAGCCAGACAUGCCUGGACGUGAACGAGUGCGAGACAAACAACGGCGGCUGCGCGGACGUGUGUGUGAACACCAAGGGCUCGCGGCAGUGCGAUUGCGGCCCUGGCCGAGCGCUGGCGACGGACGGCCGAACCUGCAACGAGAUCGCCGGCUGCCACAGUGUGAACGGAGGCUGCAGUCACGGCUGUUCGGAGGAGCAGGAAUCGUAUUACUGCCAUUGCCCCAGAGGCUUGACACUGGGCGAGGAUAGGCGCACCUGUCAGGUCCCUGUGCAGUGUGACCCCGGCUCCAUGGAGGUUUCUGUUCCCAAAGACCUUGGAGGUGGUCUGGAGCUAUUUCUGUCCAACUCCUCCUGUCGAGGCGUCUCUAACGGCACUCACAUUAACCUGCACUUCAGCCUGAGGACCUGCGGCACUGUGGUCAAGGUGAAGCCCGGCGAGGAAAAACGCUCCACACACCGAUCAUUCUCGUUUGUCAUGGUAAUCGAGGACAAAAUCGUAGCGACGAAUUUGGUGACAGGCCUGCCGAAGUCAAGCCCAGGCAGCAGCGGAGAUGUGAUCGUGCGUACUAGUAAGCUACUGCUGCCUGUAACGUGCGAGUUUCCGAGACACUACGAGGUCUCGGAUGGCUACCUGCCCAGCCUGCGCAGUGCUGCCCUGGAGCUGACCGGCCACAGUGAGGGUGUCUUCCCCUUCACUCUGGAACUGUUUAAGAGCGCUGAGUUUUCGGAGCCAUAUAACGACUCGCCUCAGCUGCGGUUACGCGACUCGCUGUAUUUCGGUGUGGAGCCGAGGGAACGGGUGGAGGGCCUUGCUGUACUUGUAGAGACCUGCUUCGCCACUCCUGGCCCCAGAGCCGACCAAGCGCUAAAAUAUUACCUUAUCAAAGACGGCUGUAUUUCGGAUGAAACGGUGCGUCAGCUGUCAGCUAAAGACCAGCUCUCUAAACACUACCAGGUCCCUGUCUUCAAGUUCAUCGGCAAUGACAACAGAGAGGUGUACCUACACUGUCGGGUGCUGGUCUGUGGGCAGGGAGAGUCUCGCUGUACACAGAGCUGUCAGAGACGUAUGAGAAGGGGUCUUUGGACCAAGCAGCACCAGGGAAACAAGCGCACACUGACUGGUGGACCCAUCUUCAUACUGCAAAGCCCCUGAUGCGCACGCGUGUGCACACAGACCAUCUAGCACUCUACCUUUGACCUUAGGCUACAACUGCUCACCAAAACAUACCAAUGCCAUCUACAGGCUAAUCACGUAAUCACACAGCCCAAAUUAAUCGGCAAACACUACAUCUGAGUAAUCCUUAAUGAAGCUGCCAAAUGAUUUUUGUCAUUCUGUCACUCAUUGCUGUACACACAGAUGACGGUCUCAUCUUAUCUUCAAGAUCUAUCCUGACAUCACUUUACAACAUCGCCUGGAGAGAUAGCACUAUAUCUGAGUCAGUGCAUGAGCCAGCACUCCCUCCUUCUCAGUUGUUCAAGACUGUGAAGUACUUGACUCUCGGUACCGCUGAACACACCCAUUUUGCGUUGGCAGACCAAAUAUGUACCCAUAUACUAUCACAAGUUGUAAAGUGUAUAUUAUACAUUGCAUAUUGACUGGAAUGACAUUGAUAAAGUUUGCUUAAAUAAAUGUAUAAAUCAAUAAAUGUGCUGAUUAUUUGUUGAAUGUUAAAAGCGAAUAUUGCUUGUAGUGUUGUCAGUAGCACUAGCACUGGAUUUAUACACAUACCAAUCUGGGCUGUAAAACUAAACUCAGCAUCAUUCUGUAACACCGGGUCAAUAAAAGCU